GGACUUUAGUUAACAGUUAGUUGCUGUCUUGUUCGCCGAAUAGAAGGCGCUCGUGCUUUCCCAGUUUGAAUAGAAGAAAAUGUCGCCAUUCCUUAAGUUAGUGACGCUGGUUUUAGUGAUACUUGCCAGCGAAUAUGCGGAUGCGUAUAGUCGAGGAGCUCCCGAAGAAGCCUGUCUCACCAUGGAACCUGAACACGGUCCCUCUACGCAAAUUACACCAGCUCCUUUUUCAGUGACUCCUCAGCAGAACAGUAUCGAAAAGGGUGGAACGGUCAAGGUUACAAUCGAGGCCAAAAGUCCUAGAGGAUCUUUUCAAGGAUUCCUGUUCGUGGCAGUGAAUCCAAACGAUUCACCCCAACCUCUAGGACGUUUCAUGAAUAGUCCACGUCCAGCACGUUCCAUCGACUGCCGUCCAGGGCUAUCGAAUGCGCUGACACACCGAGAUGCCAAGGGAAAAGAUAAGCUGGAAUUCACAUGGGUAGCGCCACCAGAUUUCGAGGGCGAAAUUGAAUUCAGGUGCACGUUUCUUCGCGAUUUCACGACAUUCUGGGUACAAGUUCCUUCAUCGACGCGCGUUCAAGUUGGUCAGCCGGCCAGCAAUGAAAAGAGCAGCAGUGGAAAGAUCAGCAGCUCAUUGGUUCCUCUUGUUACUGUACUCGACUAUUUUAUAUGGCGCGUCUGGUUCUGGGCACCAAAUGCCAAUAUAAAUCCUUAACCGUACCGAUUUCUCAUUCCAAAUAGAAACCGAAACUAGCACAGGAAGAUGUGGUUAGGUUGGCUGGAUGAAUGGUUGGAUCGAAAACAGCGUGCGUAUUCAGCUUCUAGAAAAUUUGUAAUGUUUUCUUCGCAAUCCAGGUGUACCUAAAUUCAUUGGAAUACAAGGCAAUCCACUGUUCCAUUUAAAUGACA